UUCCAAGAGCAAAGAAGAAGAACAAAAUAUACUCCUCUCUAGAAGAACUCUAAGUAGUUGAAAACCAAGUUGCGGCGGGGGGAUCAAAUAACAUGACGGCUUAAUGUAAUCGGUGGGCAUCAGGCAUCAUGAGGUGAUUGAAAUAAUAUUCAACCCUAGAUAUCCAAUUAAAAGCAUCCGAGCCAUCAAAACGAGGAGGGUGCAUCAUUACACGUUGGGGUUUAUCAUACCUGGACGUCUGCGGUUGGAAACAUUAGGGUGGGUCCCACCAAGAAGCUGAACAAUUAAACUGUUGAUCAUAACCGCCUGAAUGGUGACGAGGUUGGCGACCUCCUGGCGGAUCCCAACAAGAACCCGUUUCUUCCAUCACGGCGACCCAAUCUCCCUGCGGGCUGUCGCGCGCACUGAAAUUAGGAUUUCAAAUGCGGGACCCCCUAUCCCACGUCCUCCGGUGACGCUAAUCGUCACACUCCUAAUCAUUUAUGUCAUCGUUGUCAAAAGGUUGAUCGUUCCCGCCAGAAAAUUUAUCAUCAGCUGAAAGAAUGGAGGGAGAAGCUGUGGCCGCCGUCCUUCAAGUUGUUGUUCAAAACCUCAUCGACCAAGCCAAGAAUGACUACUUACUUGUCCGAGGCCUCAAAAAAGAAACAACAAAACUGAAUGGGCGUUUGGGUACCCUCCAGAAAUUCUUGAACGAUGCAGAGAAGCAUACUAAUCCCGGUGAUGCUGUCAAAAGCUGGCUCAAGAAGCUUGAAAAUGCGGCAUUCGAUGCAGACAAUGCUUUGGAUGAGUUCAGCUAUCAUCACCUCUGCAAACAAAUCAAGCCCAUCAUACCCAUGAAACAAAAGGUGCUAUCAUGCUUCUCACCAUGCGUUAAUUUGUCACGUUCCCGAAAUAUGGCUCUUAGCAUCCAAGAAAUCAAUGAGGAUUUGGAGGUCAUUAACAAAGAGGCUGCGGAUCUUGGCCUCAAAGAGAUGCUUGCCACCAAUGAGCCCACUUUGCCUGACGCUGCUCGUGAAACAGACUCAUCCACUCUUGAUCCAAUUUUUAUUGGAAGAGAUAAGGUCAUGUCAGAAAUAGUUGAAAAGCUUACCGAUUGUAUCACGUCUGAUGAAUGUGUUUCUGUCCAUGCCAUUGUGGGAAUGGGAGGAUUGGGGAAAACAACUUUGACUCGGAAAGUCUUUAAUAUUUUACAAGAAAAGAAUCAGUUUGGAUCACAUAUUUGGGUGCAUGUUUCUCAAAUUUUUGAACCAAUUGUUCUUCUCAAGAAAAUUCUCAAAGAGUUGGCUCCUCAAAAGGUUGAAGCUGAGAUGAGUAAGCAAGAUAUUACAAAAAUUCUGAAAGAAGUUUUGAAAGAUAAAACUUAUCUACUGAUUCUUGAUGAUACCUGGAAUGAAGAUCUUCCCACAUGGGAAGAAGGUUUCAUCGAUUCCUUGUUGGGUGCUACUUCUACUAGGGGUAAUGCGAUUGUUGUUACCACAAGAAAGAAGGAGGUUGCUUCAACUGUUGGGGCACUUCAUGAACACGAGCUUGAAGGAUUAUCAAACGAAGAUUGUUGGUCAAUAAUCAAAGAGAAAACCUUUGAAAAAGAGGAUGUACCUUUGGGAUUUGAGGCCAUUGGGACGGAGAUUGCAGAAAAAUGUCAAGGUUUGCCUUUAGCUGCCAGGGUAGUCGGUGGAGUACUACACGAUAAAAAAUCUGAAGAAGAAUGGCGCUCGAUCAAAGAGAAUUGGCUUUCACAAGAUGAAGGAAAUUAUAUCACAAAGAUAUUGAAGUUGAGCUUUGAUAAUUUGUCUCUACCAUCACUCAAGAAGUGUUUUGCAUAUUGUUCAGUUUUUCCUAAAGGUCAUAGAAUCAAAAGGCAGGAAUUGAUUGAGUAUUGGAUGGGAGAAGGAUUUCUUGUAACUGAUGAAAACAAUGACAUGGAACAUGUGGGAGACAAAUUUAUCAAUGUUCUUCUACACAACUCUUUACUGCAAAUUGCAGAAAGAGAUAAUUAUGGAAAUGUGGAAAGUUGUGUGAUGCACGAUCUUGUGCAUGAUCUUGCAUAUUCUAUUUUAGGUUGUUCUCAAGAUGCAUCUGACAUCGUCCCAGUUUGAUACAUGUUCCUUAAAGAAGAGUCAGAGGAUGUUUUGAAAAA